AUGGAUAAAGGCAGUCUACAAGAUAAUGGAGCGCUAUCCGAUGCUAGAGAUUCAGCGUCACUUCCACCCGACCUAGAAGCACUCUCACUUGCAAAAUUUGACGACCAGGUGGCUAAAGGACAGCUAAUCUACGAGCCUUCAACGGCCGAGAGUCUGGAAGACCAAGGAUUCAAACUCAAUUUUCGAUUCGUGCCUCACCUGCGCCGCAAGCCCAUCACCCCAUCGGAUGCGCCUGAGAGGAAGACGGGAAAGGGGCACAAUCCAUUCCUCAAUCCGAAUCCCGAAGAGAUUCUCUCAGCAGUCGGGCCAUCACAUCUUCUGAUUUUGAACAAAUUCAGCGUCUAUCGACCUAGUUUGCUAGUCAUCACAAGACAUUUUGCACCGCAGUCCGAUGGCCUUGACCGCAACGACUUGUCAGCUGCCUGGACAAUCUUAAGGCACUUCACGGAGUAUAUGGUGAUCUACAAUUGCGGCUUCGAAUCAGGAUCUAGCCAAGGGCAUAAGCAUAUGCAAUUUUGGCCAUACCCAGACGAGCAGGACCUGGGCUUCCAGCUUUUCCCGAACACAGUUGAAUCGACAGUAAAUGUUACUGACAAUAUACCCAACGUGCCUUACAAACACUUCGUUCUUCGACUUCCAACAGACGCGGACGCAAACAACCUUGUCAAAACCUACGAAAAGUUGCUCAGAAAGGUUCAACAAAGCCACAAAGAAGCCGGCGGAGGCACCGACUACAAUGUGAUCCUGGUCAAGGAAUGGAUGUGCCUGAUUCCCCGCAGGCACAGUGGCCUUGAGAGAGGAGCAGGCGCAAACUCUGCGGCCAUGCUGGGCCUUGUAUGGAUUGCAACUGAAGCCGAAAAGGACAUAUGGAAUUCUUCUGGGCCGGCGGAGUAUCUCAAAUACCUAGGUAUCCCAAGGUAG